UGCUGUGAAAUUCGGUCGAUGUCGUUUCUGUGCUCGCGUGUGAGUUUUUUCGCAGAUUUUCGCAUAUAUUUUAGAAAAAAUAAGUGUUAAUUUUAGUUAUAACUGUUGUGCAACUACUUUGUGUGUUUGUUAGUAGUGUCCAUCCAAGUGUCUUUAACAUAUAAAAAAAUAUUGCUGCUACUCCAUUUUGGAACACAUUGCCACAAAGUAUUUAGAAUUCAGUGGAUUCAAGUCAUGUCGCAUCACAGCGAUGAUCACCUUUUACAGGCUGGUAGUGACUCCUUUUGGGAGCCUGGUAACUACAAGCGCACCACUAAACGAAUUGAAGAUGGCUACAAGCUUUGCAAUGAUUUGCAGACACUUAUACAAGAACGUGCCGAUAUUGAAAAAGGAUAUGCGAAGAAUUUGCGUGCAUGGUCGAAAAAAUGGGGAGAGCUAAUCGAAAAAGGUCCCGAAUAUGGCACUUCGGAAGCCGCUUGGAAAAGUGUACUCACGGAAGCUGAACGCAUCAGUGACGUGCAUUUAAAAAUAAAAGAAAACCUCUGUAACGAUGUAAACAGCCAAAUAAAAUCUUGGCAGAAAGACAACUACCAUCAUACGCUAAUGCAGAUUAAGCAACGUAAGGAUAUGGAGGAUAUGUUUAAGAAGGCUCAAAAACCUUGGGCUAAAUUACUAGCUAAAGUAGAGAAGACAAAGUCUGAUUAUCACGCUGCUUGUAAAACAGAACGUAGUGCAACCAAUCAGGAACGGAAUGCCACAGCAGAUAGCUCAUUAUCGCCAGACCAGGUAAAAAAAAUGCAUGAUCGCGUUCAAAAAACUAAAGAUCAAGUGGCUAAAUGUCGAGAGAAAUACGAACAAGCUAUCGGGGAGAUUACCAAAUAUAAUUCGGUAUACAUCGAGGAUAUGACGUCGGUGUUUGAAAAGUGCCAAGCCAUGGAGAGGACUCGGUUAAUGUUCUUCAAAGAGGUCCUAUUUAACAUACACUCCUGCUUGGACCUCACGAAGGUGCAAUGUCUACCACAAAUAUAUGAAGAAUUCUACCAUACCAUAAAUAAUGCGGACCAACAAAAGGAUCUCAAAUGGUGGUCAAAUAAUCAUGGUGUCAAUAUGGCUAUGAAUUGGCCAGCAUUUGUGGAGUAUACUGAGGAGUUCCGUGAUAUAGCAAAGGGUAGCAAAUCAAAGGAGGCACUUCCGGCAGCACCAAUUACACUCAUCAAUCAGCGACCAGUCGCUGAAGACCCACAUGAUUAUAAUACGAAUAGCCUAAAGAAAAAUGCAUCAUAUUCAAGCAAAGGUAGUGGAAAGGCCAUCCAACAAGAGUCUUCGUCUUCCCCAACAUCGGCAACAGGGUCCACAGCUGCGGGGCAAGGGAAAGGUUUGAGUACAACCUCAACUACAAAUAACCGCAAUUCAAGCGUAACUAACGGUAACGGCAAACCCGAAGUCAAUCCCUUCGAGGAAGAGGAGGAAUGGGAUGAGGGUGAUAAUGUGUUAGUGGAUAAUGGCGAGAAAGGUAUUCCAGUUAAGGCUUUAUAUGAUUACGAAGGAGCCGAAGAUGAUGAGCUGACAUUUAAACAAGGUGAGGUCUUUGAGAAACUAGAAGACGAAGACGAGCAAGGUUGGUGCAAAGGGCGCAUGAAUGGGCGUGUUGGCCUUUACCCCGCAAAUUACGUAGAACCGCUACAUACGUAAACAUAACACAUUUUUUAAAAUAUUAUUAUUAAAAAAUUAUUAGUUACAGUUAAUUUCAACCCCAAACACUUAAAAUUUAUAUAUAGAAAACAUUUUUUUCGCAUUAAAAAGCGAACAUGAAAAACUGGAUUAAAACAGUAAGCAAUAUUUCAAACACAUCACCGUUGUAACCAUAUUUUGUGAUUGUAGCAUAUUGUUUUUUUUUUUAUUUAUAUAAAUACUUUAGAACUUAAACGAUUGUUUGGAACAAUUCGCGAAAAGCAAAUAGCAAUGAAUAAGUCUUGUCAGCUCAUUGAUAUUAGCAGAGAUGUAUUUAUAAAUGUGAUUUUACUCGAUAUCAAGCUGAAAGCAUUUUAAGAUCAAAUUCAAUAAUUCUCCCAAUUUCAAACUAGUGCCCAGACUAUAAUUAAACUUAUACAUAUUCGUUAUAAGAUGUUCCGUUCAUUUACGGAUAAAAAAAUUUAAGGUUUACUAAACCAAAAUAAUAUAAAAAACUCAUACUAAAAUUUGACAGAUUAAAAAGGUUUUGGAACUCGAAGUUAUAAGGACAGAUUUUUAUUUAUCAGUAAACAAAAAGUUCAUGUCUCUUUAAAAUCGUAAAAGUCUCCACUAGCUGUAAAAAAUAUGCAUGAAAAUAUAAUUGUAUCAACAUGCAACAACUGCCCGUUAGUUACCUAUGAAGUUAUUUGGACGCUCUUUUUUUUGAUGAACCUGUUGUUCAUAGAAAUUGAACGUUUUUAUAAAUGCAACUGAAAUUUAUAGAGCACAAUAUAUAGAAAAUCACAAUAUGAAAAGGGAAAUCACCAAAACAAAAAAAACGUAAAAUAAAGUAUUAUAUUUUACUUUUCUACCAAGUUCGUUUCGAGUUCCAUGUAUGCAUAUACAUACAUAUAUAGUACAUACAAUAUAUCCUCCGAACAAUAACAACAAAGUAUUUUUGUGGCUAUACAGAAAUAAAAAUAGUUUAAUAAAAUAAUGUAAAUGAUACAUGUUACCAUGAAUUGAAAACCUAUUAGCAAUAUAAUUUCUUUUCUGCAUUUUCUGAAAUUGUACCACAUUUAGUGAGAAUUUUUAAGGAUGAUGCUGCCGUAAAAUUGUUAAGGAUGAAAACACCAAUUAAGCCAAAUUUCAAAUAUAGAAUACUAAUUUUAAUUAUUUUCAGUCCUCUAUGUAAACAUACCAGAACAAAGUAUUUACAAUAUACUUAUAACAAUUUCAAAAUUAAAGAAAUAUCAAAUAAACAAUUUUAUAUAUGUAUACUACAGAAUUAUUUAA